CAUUGAAGUCUGAAAUUAUGCGUGCAAUUGUUUACUUAACUUAGCGGUGGCGUUGAGAGUUGAGAGUGAGGGGUUUAGGUUUAAAGUUGAAGAAGGAGCGAGCAUGGGGAAGGAAGGAGAUCUAUGGGACGAUUCAUCUCUCAUCAAUGCCUUCGACCAAGCUAUUUCUACUUUCAACAAAAUGCAUAGCAGCGGCAAACACAAAGGUGCCGCCACGGCUCGAGAGGCGGACACAAUCAUCGGAGAAAAUGGCUCCAAUGUUGACACUACAAGGGAUGCUGAUACGAAUAUUCCAGCUACUGAUGUGCCUGAUUCAGGUGAAACUGGUAAUUUGUCAAAGUUGGAAGAAAAUCAUCAAACAGAGUCACAGGUGGAUCAACCUUGUCUGGAUUCAACAAGUGGCCAAGACAUCCAGAAUGCGCAGAACGGUUAUGCAUAUGCACAAGGUGGAGAUGAUUAUAAUCAGUUAGUUGUGCAAUACUAUGAACUUGAGGAGAAAAGGGCAAAGAUUUUGGAGCACCUUAAUCAAUAUGGUGGUUGGAAUUACCAAAAUGUGGCUGCUGAUUCUAGCUCUGGUGUACCAUAUUCUAAUUUUCAAGAUUAUUCGAUGGCUGCAUACCAAGUUUCUGAUCCAAAUGCCGUCUGUACAUGUUGCCCAUGUUACAGUCAAUGUCUGCCAGCUCCAUGCACGUCAGUUCCUGGUUGUUCUUUGGGUGGAUCAUCUGUUGGCAAGCAGUGUAAUGAUCUUUCUGUGGAAAAGGAUCAUAAAAUGUCAUUUCCUUGUGAAGAUGGUGAAAUCCAUAAAAUGGCAAUGGGAGCUGCAGAGAAGGCACUGUCUACUAUCAGAACAACCAUAUCCGGUGAUUUUAAUGUAAAUGAAGGGAAAGAGAGAAACAAUUCUGAACCUGAAAAAAUUAAUGGCUCAGAAACAGAUCUUGCUGCUGUUUUGAAUGCUUGGUAUUCUGCUGGCUUCUAUACUGGAAAGUAUCUUGCUGAACAAUCCAUUCAAAACGGAAGACAGAAUUGAACUCUUACAUCUUCAAGUGGAGUCAAAAGGGUUCUCAUACAACUAUACAAGCCCUUGUGAUUAUACUCAACAGUUGGGCAACUGAUCUACUCUUCACAUCUUUGGGAAAUCAAAAGAACUUUGGUAUACUCUGAUCUGAUUGGAUAGGCUGGCUCAUCAUAAUUUUUUUAUGCCCCGGUGCUAGUUUUGUUAGCAAGAUUUUACUGGACAUAUUUAGGGAAUGUUUUCGCUCUCUGCUGCAGACAUGAAUAUGUUGCCCCAUUUGGUGUUGAAUGCCAAACUAGAAAAUGCAUAAAUCAUUUUGUUUUGUUGUUUAUGUCUGUAUUUAAUAGUUGGCACUAGCGAGAGAGGAGUGAUGGCAUCACCCGUUGCUCUUUUCCUUGGUUUAACAUUAACAUUACAAGGAGUGUUGAAAUGUUGUUAGUGGUUUAUAUGCGGACGUAUAGAAGCGCAAUCAUGCUUUCGUACUUGCGUCAAUGCCAAAGUUGAAGAUCACCCAAGGUCUAGUUUUGUACGUGCUAUAGACUAAUUUGUUUAAACUUAUUUGUUGAAAUAAAUGUUUAUUUUAAUAAAA